CGUCGAGCGACAAGUUGCCUGUUCUGAGGAGGGCUUGCUGUAAUGGCGAUGGGUGCGAUGGGGGAUCGGGAUCUGCUGCAGAGGAGAGGUGGCUGGCGAUGGCGGCGGGCUUCGAAACGGAAAUCCAAGCGGCGCCGCGGGGAGCGACCACAAGCAGUGUUCGCUAUUAGCGAUGCAAUGUUGCCAAUCGCUGCGGACGUGCACGCGCGCUACUGAACAUCUCCCCCGUACAUACAAGCCUAUAUAGGGGCAACCGUCACCAGGCCUUCACAUCAUCCCCUCAACCAGCCGCUCCAGCCCUGCAUCCAUACAAGACAGCCCGCAUCUAUCCCUACCCCUUCUUCUACUACUAUCCGCUCCUCGCAAUGCCCGGCAAGCACGUCCACUUCGUCGACGUCCCCUCCACCCCGCCCUCCUCGACCUUUACCAGCUCGACGCUGUCUUCCUCGCCUGGGCCCGCAACGCCCCCGCAGGUGUACUACUCACUACCAUCGGCCAAGGCGAACGCCUACGCACCGCCGCACUAUGCACCAGGCGGAAUCUCACUACACCCCAUCCUCGCGCGCCAGCUUGGCAACGCUACUCCCCUUUCCUGGGACAUGACUGAGGCAGCAGAGUCCGCGCGUCCACGCCUGCCCUCAGCGUCGCACCACCUCACCAACACAAUGGUAUGCGAGCCUGCCACAUACCCCGCGCUCUCGUCGCUCGUCGUUAUGUGCGAGCACCUCCCCUGGGCCAUCACCGUCGUCCCCACCCCGCACGCCCUCUGGGCCGCGCCGUACGUGACCGUCGGCGACGUCCUGCACACGCUCUACCGCACGCUCCGCCUCGGGGUGACCGAGUACGAGCUCGACGCGCUCGAGCCCGCGACGCGCGACCGCAUCCACAGGGCGUACGUCUCGCGCUACCGCCGCAUCGCGCACCCGCGCGACCGCGAGACCGAGAAGGCGAAGUACGUCAAGCGCGUCGACUACCUCUGCGACCGCACGUCCUUCCUCGGGCUCUCCCCGGUCCCGAACGGCAACCCGGCCAAGGGGCUCGCUCCCGGGAUGGUGUGGGCCCUGCACGUCGCCAAGCACUGAGCGCGACCGCUGCGCGUCAUCAUCACCCACGGUGCGCGGGCCGCCCAUUCCUCGACCGCUUCUCGCUUUCGUCGCUCUCGCUUUCGCCAUUCGCAAUCGCAUUCGAUACCCUCGCGCAUGUCCCCGCGCCGUUGCCCGGCAACAGACGCGUCUCUUAUUCUCCUCUCCACGGACACUGCAGCACCCAUCAGCAUAUUCAUCACCAUCGCAUAAACAAAACAAAGGACUGCUUCUCUUGUACAGCAUAGAUGUACCAUACCCACGGAUCGAUACCCUCCCCCGUCGCCUCGCCCUGUCUCCCCUUCGCGUUUCCUUUCUUCCCAUCUUGAUGACCUGACGACCCCCCCAGACGACAUAUAUAACAUCAGCAUUAGCCUUAUUGUACUGUUUAUUCGCUAUCGUCAUCAUAACUAUAUCAGAAAGUACCAGUAUCCUCUACGUUGUACAUACCUCAGACCUCCCACCCCCGCAUUACUUCCGAGUCCUCUCUCGCCAUCAGUCCAUCACACGCCGCCCCUCGCCUCCAUUUCCUGCCUUCUC